ACCAAAUUAACCAUUUAGUUACCCAAAUAUCGCUUUUAAACCGCUUCGUCUCCUACGCUUUUUAUUGCAGGAAAUGGCGCAACGUGGAACCAAGAAAUCCCCCAAAAUCAAACAAAACAGUCGCACACAUACACACAAAUAGAAAACAAUCAAGCAUCCUCCCUCUUCUCUUCCUCGAUCCAUCUGUGUUCAUACCAAACCAUUGCAAAUGUAUCGAUCGGCAGCGAAGCGGUUGCUUCCCUAUUCAUAUUUCUCUGUUAAACACUGCUUACAAACCUCUCGACUGCCAAUCACAACACCUCGUUUUCGUUUUCGUUUUCUCUCAUCGGCGACAUCCGACUCCCCUUUCCCGAAUGGCUUUAACACCAACACCACCACCUCAUCUUCGUCCACCCAAACAGAUGAAUUUCACAACCCUUCUGAUAGUGGUGCCUCUAGAAGAACACCACCUAGGGCUAAUUACGAAGAGGAACAAGCUCGAGUGCUCGCGGCAUCUCUUCUUCACGUGGCUAGGUUAGGAUGGACUGAAGCAGCCAUGAUUGCAGGUGCUAGGGAUGUUGGUGUUUCCCCUUCCAUUGUUGGAGUUUUUUCACAAAAAGAAGGUGCCCUAGUUGAGUAUUUUAUGGACGAAUGCUUGAAAAAGCUUAUUGAUGCAAUCGACUCUGGUGAGUUACAAUUACAAGAUUUGGUACCAAGUGAACGCAUUGCAAAGCUGGUUAGAUAUCGCUUAGAAUUGCAAGCUCCAUACAUAUCAAAAUGGCCUCAAGCUCUAAGCAUUCAAGCACAACCAUCAAACUUCACAACAAGCUUUAAACAACGAGCAAUGCUAGUUGAUGAGUUUUGGCAUGCUGUAAGUGAUGAAGGAAAUGGUGUGGAUUGGUACCUAAAACGCACUGUUCUUGGUGGAAUUUACUCAACAACUGAAAUAUACAUGCUAACUGAUAAUUCCCCAGAUUUUAAUGAUACAUGGGUAUUCUUAAAUGAGAGAGUUAGAGAUGCAUUUGAUCUAAAGAAGACAUUUCAAGAGGUGAAAUAUUUUGCAGAAGCAGUGGGGGCAGGGGUGGGAGGGUCAUUUCAAGGGUUUAUGAAGAAAGAUGAAGAUCAAGAGGAAAAUAUUACUUGUGGCCACGUAUGUAUCAAAUCAAAGAUAUUGGUUAUGAUAAUGGUAAAUAUCGAGGGGCUGAAGUAUGAAGUGAAGGUCCGGGAGAUAUCCGAGUGGGUUCCUAAGAUAGUGAAUGAUGAUGAUGACAUAACUGAUGCUAAGGGUGAAGAUCGAGAUGAUUUUGAUGAAAGUUCAGAAAAUGAAAGUGAUGAUGGUGGGGAUUCCGAACAUGAUAACGAGUACAUUGUGAGUGAGGGUAUUCUAGGUACUUUUGAGGCUAAACAUCCUUCUAUUGAUGCUAUUGAUUAA